CAGAGAAGAUGGUUCAGUUAUGGAAACAACGCAAAAGCUGAAAAGGUCGAGACUAAAUGGCUUGAUCGUUGAUCAUCAUUCUGUAAUCCCAGGCGGAAAGAAACGCUCGAGGACUCGAAAGAUGAGUAAAAUGAAGAAAAAGAGAGUAAUGAAGCCUGAUCGCAGGUUUCCAUGCGAUCUUUGUGAGUUUUCUUCAACACGACCCUCGUAUCUGAAAAUACACAAAGAUUCCAAACAUUUAGGGAUUAAAGCUUUUACAUGUAAACAUUGUGAGUUUGGUACAACCAAAUCUUCAUAUUUAAAAUUCCAUGAAGAAUCCAAACAUCUUGGAGUUAGAUAUCCAUGUGACACGUGUGAUUUCGAGGCCGUGAGUACCUCUGAGUUAAAAAAGCACACAGAGAUUAAACAUGAAGGUGUGAAGUAUCUUUGUGAUCAAUGUGAAUACGUAGCGUUUACAGCUGCGGCUGUUAAGUGUCAUACAAUGAGUAAACAUUUAAACGUUAAGUACCCGUCAGAUGAGAAAAGAUUUUCUUGUGAUAAAUGUGAAUAUUCUACAUCAAGACAAUCUUAUUUAAAACUGCACAUUGAUGCUAAACAUUUAGGAAUCAAGUCGCAUUUGUGUGAUCAAUGUGGUUUCUCCACAACUAAGGCAUCUUACUUGAAGUUCCACAAGGAGUCAAAGCAUUUAGGAGUCAAAUACCCGUGUAAUGAUUGUGAUUAUGUUGCGACUAGAGGAACAGAUUUGAAAACUCAUCGGGAAAACAAACAUGAUGGUGUGCAAUAUAUGUGUGAUAAAUGUGAGCAUGUUACAACUACUUUAGCACUCUUGAAGAAGCAUGCGAAGAGAAAGCAUGAAGGAACUAGAUUUCCAUGUGAGUUCUGCAAAUAUUCAGCAGCAACUAUAGAACUUCUAGAUAGACACAAACAGAGAAAGCAUGAUAGAUCAAAGACGGGUAGAAAGUAUGCCUGCAACCAAUGUAAUUUCUCUUCAAGUCGGCCAUCUUAUCUAAAGAUUCACAUCGAUUCAAAACAUCUAGGAAUUAAGACGUUUUCCUGUAGUGAAUGCAUAUUUUCCACAGCAAAAGCGUCGUAUUUAAAAAGACACAUUGUUUCUAAACAUUCAGGAUCCAGUCAUUCUUGUGAUCAGUGCAAUUAUGCUGCUUCCAGAUUAACUGAUUUAGUAAAGCAUCGUGAGCACAAGCAUUUAGGAGCAAACCGGUCAUGUGAGCAAUGUCAGUUUGAAGCAGAAACUACAGCAGAGUUGAAGAAGCAUGUUAAGAGUAAACAUGGUUUAUAUAACACCGACACAAAACAAAAACAUUCUUGUGAUGAGUGUGGUUAUUCCACGACAAGACAAUCGUAUCUCAAGGCGCACAAACAUUUUGAACAUCUUGGUAAAAGAGCGUUUAAAUGUGAUCUCUGUGAGUAUUCUUCAAUUAAAUCUGUGAAUUUAAAAUUGCACAAGGACUCUGUCCACUACGGGGUGAGGUAUCCCUGUGAUAAUUGUGAAUUUACAGCAGCCCGGCAAUCAGAUCUAAACAAGCAUCAGACGCUGAAGCAUCAAGGCGUUCUGUAUUCUUGUGAAACAUGCGAGUUUAAGACUAACAUUUCUCUACAGUUGAAAAGACACAACAAGAUGAACCAUCCUGAAGUCAGGUUUCCUUGCGAGUUCUGCAAGUAUUCUGCGUCCAGUUCCUUGUAUCUCCAGAGACACAAGGAGAGAAAGCAUCAAGCUGUCAGGUUGGACAAUUUUGAAAUCAAUUAUUCAGUCACCAACAUAGAUAUUCGUGACAAUAUUCGUAGUAUGGAUAUUCAUGAUGAUGCCCAUGAAAUGGAUAUUCAAAAUGCUGCUCAUAGAAAGGAUAAUUAUGACGAACCACGUGACUUGGAUAUUCAUGAUGAUGGCCAUAAAAUGGAUAUUCAAAAUGAUGCUCAUAGAAUGGAUAAUUAUGACGAACAACGUGACUUGGAUAUUCAUGAUGAUGCCCAUGAAAUGGAUAUUCAAAAUAAUGCUCAUAGAAUGGAUAAUUAUGACGAACCACGUGACUUGGAUAUUCAUGAUGAUGCCCAUGAAAUGGAUAUUCAAAAUAAUGCUCAUAGAAUGGAUAAUUAUGAUGAACCGCGUAACUUGGAUAUUCACCGUGAAGCCCAUGAUCUGGAUAUUGAUAAUGAAGCCCUUAGAUUGGAUAUUCAUAAUGAAGCUCGUAGAUUAGAUAUUCAUUAUAAAGUCCGUAGAUUGGAUAAUUAUGAGGCACCAAAUAUUAUGGAUAUCAGUGAUGCAUCCCAGGGCUUGAAUACUCGGCAUAAAAACGUCAACCAGAAUUUGCGACAUGCAGAUUCCCAUUUUGAUAUCCAGCAUGCUGACUCUAAUUAUGAUUUUCAGCAAUCGUUUAGAGGUGUUGGUAUUCAGCACUCUGAAGCUAUCCAGCAUGUAGUCCAAAGUUUUGAUAUUCAGCAUGCAACCACUACCUCAAAUAUUCAGCAUGCAUCCUCCUCUGAUUCAAAUACUCGGCAUGCAGUUCAAAGCUUAGAUAUUCAGUAUGCACCCACGAAUUCGAAUUUUCAGUAUUCAGUCGAAAACUUAAAUAUUGAGCAUGAUGCUGCCAACAACAUGAAUAUUCAGCAUGUAUCUACACCCUUGGAUAUACAGCAUGCUGUUUCUGAGAUGAAUAUUGAGCAGCAUAAUCCUGAAUAUUUUGCCACAAAAUCCACAAUAUCUUCCUUUCUAAUAUCCAAUACUGAAGUAAUAACAGUUACAGCGUACCCCGAACCUAUCUAUUCCACGGCAGCUACAGCCUUGGAAACCCCAAAGAAACGUGAGAGAAAAAAAUCAGAUAAAAUGUUUUCAUGCGAAAAAUGUGAGUUUUCCACAACUAAAAGCUCUUUAAUGAAGGUACACAGGAAUUCUGAACAUCUGGGCAAAAAAUCUUAUCCCUGUGACCUUUGUGAAUAUGACACGUACAAAGCCUCGUAUUUAAAAGCACAUAAAGAUUCCGUUCACUUUGGUGUGAGAUAUCCGUGUGAUCAAUGUGAUUAUAGUGCACGGCGUCUCUCGGUUUUGAAGAAUCAUCAAGAGAUCAAGCAUCUUGGAGUUAGUCAUACUUGUAAUCAAUGUGGAUAUGUAGCAGUUACUUUGAAGGGACUAGAGAAUCAUGUUAAAAGAAAGCAUAAAUCCGAAGAUCAACCCGAAGCUGAAAAGAGGUUUUCCUGUGAUCAGUGUGAUUAUUCUUCAACCCGUGGUUCCUACUUGAAGGUGCACGUAAACACUAAGCAUCUUGGGGUUCGACCCUUUUCAUGCAACCAGUGUGAGUUUACUACAACCAAAUCAUCUUAUUUAAAAGUACAUAUGGACUCUAAACACUUGGGAGUGCGAUUCUCUUGUGAUCAAUGUGAAUUUAGUGCAAUUCGGAAAACAGAUUUGAAACAUCACGUUGAGAAUAAACACAGAGGAGUUACAUAUCCCUGUGACCAUUGUGACUAUAUUGCAACGACUGCUUUUAGUUUAAAGAAACAUGUUAAGAGCAAGCAUCUUGGUGUACGGUUUCCAUGUCAAGUUUGUGACUUUUCCGCAGCAAGUGCUUUUGAGCUGAGAAGACACAGAGAAAUUAAGCAUGAAGGAGUUAGGAUCAAAUGUGAUGAGUGUGAUUAUUCGGCGACCAGAGCAGAAAUCUUAAAGACGCACAAGAUGAGAAAACAUCUAAAGUUAAAAAACUUCAAGUGUGGUCAAUGUGAGUUUGCAGCGUCCAAAAUGUCGAGUUUGAAAGAGCACAUUGAUGGUGUUCACCUGGGGGUGAGAUAUCCAUGUGAGUAUUGUGAUCAUGUUUCAUCAUUCAGAUCAAAUCUAAGUGAACACAAGAAGAGGAAACAUGGAGGUAUGAAAGGAUCAAAAUCAUUGUCUGGAACUGCAUCUAAAAGUUCUGAGAAUGAAAGUUUAGAAUAAUUUUCUGUCAUAUUUUGAUAAAGAAAAGUCUUUCUUCAUUGCCAACCUGUUUUUUAUCUAUAUAAUUUGUUGUUACAGUGAGGCCAAUAAAAAUGUGGAACAGGAAAACGACAUAAAAGCAAUACUUCAGUGUAUUUAAUGCUGUUACAAAGCAAAUAGUUGUACUAGUAAAUUAUUAUAUCACUUGACUAAUAAAAUGAGUCUGGUUA